AUGCAAGAAUUUGUUGAAUGUGAGAAUUAUAAAACGUUUAAAGAAAAUUUAGAAAAUUUUUGUGAAGACACAAAACAAUUAGAAAAUGAAAUAAGUGAUCAAAGUUAUAUUAGAAUUCAAAUAAAUGAACAUGAAAAAGAUGAAAAUUAUUUUCAAAAAGAAUUAAAUGAACGAAAAGAAAAAAUAGUAUUAGAUGAAAUUGCUUUAAAAGACUUAAAACAAUUACUUGAAGUAAUUAAGACAAUAAAAAAAUCAUUACACGAAAUUUGUAAAUUAAAUGACCGUUAUCUUUUGACUUCAAAAACAAAAUUUAAUCAAGAUGUUGAAUUAAUUAUGACACAUUUUCAACCAUCUACGUCUCAACAACAAAGUUCAAAAAAAUUAAAAAAAAAUCAUCAAUAUAGUUCAACAAAUUUUGGUGCAUUUAAAUUUCCAUUAGAAAUUCAUACUACUAAAAGAAAAAUAAAUCCUGAAAUGAUUUCUUCUAUUAAAAAAUUAGAUAUGAACCAUCUUACUGCUGAUAUUAUUGAACAACCACAAACAGCACGUACAGCAGAAAGUAAGAAUGGUAUUGAAAUUGAAGAAAAAUAUAAAGGAAAAACUUUAAAACAAUCCACUGAUAUUUUAAACUCUUCAUCAAAACUAAAACCCAGAAGAAGGUCAAGGUCAAUGGCAUCAGAAGUUCCUAUUAUUACAACUCCAAAACUAAAAGGAAUAGAAAUGUAUUAUGAAACAUUAAAACAAUGGAAUCAAGCUCAAUCAUUAAACAUUAUUUAUGAUUCUUCUCAACGUCCCUUUAAUAAAAAUGAAUUUACUCAUUUAAUAACAAAUAAAUCAUCAUUAUUCUUUAUAUUCCAAACACAGUCUGAUCUUUUUGGAUUUUAUUUCGGUUCUUCUAUAUCGGCAUUUGAUAAAUAUUUAUCUGAUGACCAUCACUUCAUUUUUACACUUCAAACUUCUUUAUCAAAUGUUCCAACUCGAUGGUUCCCUUCUGCAAAACGAUCAAAGUAUAUCCUUAAUAUCCCUUUCAGUUCAAGUCCAAUUCUUUUAAGGGUAAAUUAUAAAGGUUGUAUUGUAAUUGGUUAUCCUAAUAUAGAGGCUAGUGAAGUGUUGGACAUUGGAUCAUCAUAUAAAAAUCUUAAAAGUGAUUCUUUCAUUGGUAGAAAUUUUAGUAAAUUCAGUAUUAAAAAUAUCAUCAUACUCCAAUCUCAGAAUUAA